AUGAAAAUAUAUUAUUUAUUUUUUGUAUUAAUUUAUUUAAUAUAUUUCAUUAAUUUAGUAUAUUGUGAGAAAAAUGAUACUUCAAUAAUUCUUGAUGAUAUUUUAGAUAUUCAACAUAAUAGAAAAUUAUUUCCAAAAAUUACACAUCAAGAUAUUGAAAAUAUUAGACAAAUUAGGAGAAUGAAUUUACAUUCAAUUGUUAAAUCAAUGUCCACUUUAAAUGUUCAAGAUUUAGGUUUAGGAAUAUUUGCUGGUUUAGAAAAAUCAGUUAAUCCAAAUCCAAAUGAAUGUAUAGAUUCAUUAAGAACAUCAAUUGAUAAUACAAAUCAAGUUUUUUAUGAUAUUUCAAAUUUUUUCGGGAUUACCAUUCAAGAAUUUCUGACUUUAAUUCAAAUAUUCCCAACCAUAAUAAAGGAUGAUAUUAGAUUAUAUGAUGCAUGUGGUGCCAAUGUCAUAGUAAUGAAAAUAGGAAAAUUUGCACAUAUCAUUAGAACUGAAGGAUUACAAUCAUUUGCAAAUUAUGCCAAGAAUGCAUUAUAUUCAAAUCCUUUUUAUCUCAUUCCUGUAACAAGAGGAUUACUAGAAAGUUUAGUUACUAAAAACUAUCAAAUGUUAGGUGUUCACAUUGGUGAAUACUUGGGUAUUUUAUUUAAUUCUGAUGACGAUUAA